CUCCGGUGCGCUCACGAUGGAGCCCGGGUCGCGAGCGCGCUUCAAGCCUCCGGAAUAAAAAGUCUCGGGGUCCCGCAAGUGGAAAAUAUACAUGCACAUUUUUUCUGAAGUAUUUUAACUUCCUGGUGGGAUUUUAUACUUCGAGCGCGCUCUGGUUGGAAAAAAUAUAUAAUAAUAAUAAAAUAAUAAUAAUAAUAAUAAUAAUAAUAAUAAUGCCCUUCGCCAAACGGACGGUGGAGCCUCAGCGGCUGUUCAGGAGCGCGGAGCCGGGAGAUGCCGUCUGUCCGCCGGUGCUGGUGGAUGAGCUGUGCGCGCUCAGUAACGCCGCUCUGUCCCGCACCGUGCGCCAGCUGUCGGACGUGGCGCGGCACGCGGGCUCGCUCUUUGAUGAGCUGGAGCGCGAGCUGGUGUCCACCGACCGGCGGCUGCGGGAUCUGCGGGAGAAAGUGCGCCGUAUGGAGAGGAGCACCGGGGAACUGGACCCGAAACAGGAGGCAGUGCCUGUAUCGAGUCUGGAUGUUGAGAGUAAACUCAGUGAACAUUUCCAGUCUGCUUGGCAGCUGCACAGAAAUGUCUUCGUCCCGUCGAGUCGGCCGCCGUGUGUUGAGGAGCUUCACCACAACGCCAAACAGAGCCUGAGAGCAAUACACCGAGGUCAGCAGCAGAGACAGGACGUCAGUGACCAAGAGCAGAGGGUGACUCUCUUGAUAGCCCCCCCCACACCCACUUCCCCCUCCCACCACACAAUCCACAUGUUUGAAAGCGUCCGAUCCUCUUCCCCUACUGAAUGUUGCCAAUUCUCUCGCCGGAGCAGACAGGUGGAUUCCGACCCUGAUUCCAUGUCUUUGGGUCACAGAUCCAAGUUCCCUAUUCCCAACAUUCCCUCCCCUCUGGACACACAGACCAACUGGAGCAUCGCUCUGCCGCUACCCACUCCUGAGGACAGGAUGAAGAGCCAGUCACAGGCCAUUGUAUCAUGUGUGGUGCCCAUUGAUGUCACAGGGGCCGGGUUUGACAGAGAUGCCAGUGUUCGCUGCUCGCUAGUCUACUCGCAGUCAAUGCUACAGAGGAGACGGAAGCUGAGAAGACGGAAAACUAUCACGGGCAUUCCCAGACAAGUGCAGCAAGACUUAGACUCUGAUGAGUCUCCCUUGGCUAGUGAGCAGACAGCAAUAGUGCACUCCAGCCCGGAAGCUUACCAACAGGACCUCACGCUCACUCGUCUCAACACCAGAGACUCUGGCUGUCAGACAGAAGACUUCCUGAUUGCUGUUGCUGCACCAUCUCGUAGACGGAUCAGAGCUAAGAGGGAUCAGAGUGCAAUCUUUACACAUUCCCAUUCUACAGGAAACAUACCGUCGCUGCCAGACAGUUCAGAUACCAUGUUUGCCACCUCCAUCAACUCCCAUUUGCGCUCGCAUAGCCUUCCUCGAGAAGGCACCCGAUUACUUCAUAAAGUCCAAAUCAACAGCAAUAAUGAUGACGAAGACAUCAGAGAGCUUUCACCAGUUGAAGGAGAAGAAUUCCUUCCAGUGACAGUAGAGAACAUGCUAAAAGAUGAAGAGAGCACUGAUGACCAGGUACAGCAAGAGAGACAGCUAGGUAGUUUCAAUCAGCAUGCUGAGAGCCCGCAGCACACAUGGAUGCAGCGAGGUCGGUCCCAUCUGCCUUGUAAAACUGAUGAGAUCUCAUCAAGCUCUGACACAUUCAGCAGCCCUAUUCACUCCAACGCUGGAGUUCUGGCCAGCCAGAUGGACCACAAGGAGGAUCACCAGUCUUCCAGUGGAAACUGGAGUGGCAGCAGUUCCACGUGCCCUUCGCAGACAUCAGAGACGAUUCCUCAUGCUGCCUCACCACCACUGACACACUGUGACUCAGAGCUGUCUCUCAACACAGCUCUUAAUAUUACUGAAGACUCUGCUGAGCCAUACGCUGGAGACAGGCUGCAAGGUCUGCAGGGUCACCAAACAGGAGCUUUUGGUUCCACUGCAACUGACAUGCUUGAUGAUGCUGGAGUUUGCACAGCAAGUGAAGUCAACUGGAGCUAUCCUCAACAUAGGCACAACAGCUCCUGCCACAAUGACUUCAGUCCUGAAUGCUCUAGGGAAGGGGAAGGCAGCCUUGAGUGCCCCAGCUUUGUUAGCAUAGCCACAAUCGAGAGCUUAGAUAAGCCUCCUUCUGACAAGACUGACACUAUGUCGCACUUCUCUGUGGAUGCCGAGGGCUACUAUACCUCUAUGCACUUUGACUGUGGUCUUAAAGGUAGUAAGAUCUUCACAUAUGACACAUAUGCAUCUGUUGAACAGCAAAAUGAAGAGUACAGAGGUCAUGCAUCAAAUGGGAGACGAAGUCUUUCUCUAAGGAAGCCAAAGAUGAAGCCUUUGCCUCCAGAACGCUGCUCGUCAUUAAAGAAAAUUAGCAGCAAUGCUGGAUUGGCUCCUGAAAGGAGUAAACCAAAGAUAACAAGUGAGCAGAACUUACUGAUGUCUUCCAAGGGCAGUAAUUCACCACUGGCAUCAAGUGACCCCUCUGACCAGCCAGAGGAUGAGGAGCUGGUGGAAGCCUGGGGUGAAGAGAUUUCUAAUCAGAUUCCAGAUGUGGCUUUGCUUGGUUCAAAAGACAAAAAGUCAUUAAAGAAUGAGGAAGCUGUCCAUUCUGACUGUGCAGACUUGUGGCUAGUUAAUGACUUGAAAUCCAAUGAUACUUACAGAUCUUUGUCAAACUCCAGCACUGCUACUGGGACGACGGUCAUCGAAUGCAUGAAGUCACAAGAGAGCUCAGAGUCACAGUCUGGCUCGAGGGCUACCACUCCUUCACUGCCAUCUGUAGAAACUGAAUUUAGACUGCCCUCCCCAGAGAAGCUGGUAAAUCUAGCAUCCCCUUCCAGUGGCUAUUCAAGCCAAUCUGAGACACCAACAUCUUCAUCUGCUUUUUUCCCAAACCCUACUCCUCUGUCCCCCAUUGGUGGAAAGAAGAAGCCAAAAGUUCCAGAGAGGAAGUCAUCUCUCACUUCACUGCAGAAGCACACAUCCAAAAAGGACCUUGAGCUACCUAUUAUACCCCCCACCCAUCUCAACCUAAGUACCCUUCACAAUGGCAAAAAGCCUUUCUCCUACAGAAACCACAUCCAUAUUCUUAACAACAUUAAACACAAAGUAGCUGUGGCCACAACUGAAAGUGGUGAAUCUGGCAACACCAGUCCUUUGGAAAUCACCCCCAUGAUGCUUCAUUCUGUUCAGCUACGUUCAAUUAGCAAACCUGGUGGAGAAAGCCAUGAGCCACCUUGCACAGAUGCUUCCAUUAAGCCCAAGAUACCCACUGUAAGCAGAUUCAAUGAGACCAGGAAGCCUGCAUCUUACAGACUUCUCACCAAUGAAUCCCUCUCUCAAGAUAACUGUGAAUCCAUAUUUACUCCUCCAGAUGGACCAGAGUUUGGGAGUCAACCAAGGAUUUCCUUUACAAAAAACAGAUUUGACAGGAUAGCCCCAGCACCUCUUUGGAGCAUGACUGCUUUCAGCACAACUUCUGAGCAAGUGAGCCAAGAUGACAUGAUGACAGACAUAUCAGAGAGUCAAAAGGUACCUGCUGAACCAGAGGAACUCUUACCUCAGAGCAGCAUGGAGACAGAGAAGGAACAGGAAGUGAGGUUUGAGUCAAUAGAAGAAAGUCCAAAAACAGUAUCACCGCAUCGUCAUGAUGGUACACUCUCUAAAAGAUCUGAGAAAUUUGAUCAAGUGGCUGAUUUAAUCCUUCACUCAUCACUGGAAUCAUCAGAAAUAGAUCCAAUUAGUGAUACCAGCAAUCAUGGGGAGGAAUCAGCGUCAUCUGAUGGUCCAACCAGAAGUGUUUCACAGGAGACCAUGGGGGAAGUGUCUACACCUGAUACAGAGGAUUACUUCAGCAAAGAAUCCACACCGAGUGAUCUGGUAGUAUCCCCUUUGACAGAUGAGUCAACAACUGAGGAGGAUUGUGUUUUCCUUUCCCCCACUAAAGCUCGUACAACCGAGGAUCUCUUCGCCAUGAUUCACAGGUCAAAAAGGAAGGUCCUCGGCCGAAAGGACUCUAAAGGAGAAAUGGCUGUUCGGAGUUCCCUGGGUGCUUCUUUUGCCUCUCCUGCUACCUCCCCGAGUACCCCUGUUAUGCCAACAAGCACCCAACGAGCACCGAGCCAAAUAUACAGGAGUGUAAAAAAGUCCAACACCUCCAACGAGGAAUUCAAACAACUUCUUCUUAAAAGGGGAAGUCGCUCUGAUUCUAGCUAUCGCAUAUCAGCUACUGAGAUCCUGAAAAGUCCCAUUGCAUUGAGAACUUUCAGUGACCCCCUGUCGGAAGGUACAAAGCAUCCUGAAGGGUUCCCUUCGCCAUUCCAGCAACAGUCUCCAGAGAAAACAGCUGAAGUUCUUCAUAGCCCCUACCCAAAAGCCAACAUGGAGGGGUUCUCCACAAAAGUUUUUAGUUCUUCCAGACAAGGUCGUUCAAGGUUACCACCAGCUGCAAACAGCAGUCGUUACAGCACACGUAGCCGGCUAUACACAACACCCAUGCAGGCGAUUUCUGAAGGGGAAACGGAAAACUCAGAUGGAAGUCCACAUGAUGACCGUUCCUCUUAAAUGAACACACCUUCUACCAGGUGUUUAUAAAAAAGAAAACUUUGAAAGCUACUAAAGCUGGUUGUUGUUGUUUUAAUUGGUUUAAGCAAUUUUAAACCUGUGCUAAUUUACUGCCCUUUUGUAGCCCAGAGGAAAACAAUGUUUACAGCAAUGAAAUAAUCUAGGUAUAUGCAGCAAUGUUUAUAAUACUAUUAGCAUUAUGCGGAAAAGCAAAUUUUAGAAAUGUUGUUAUUACAUUUAAGAUGGGCUUAACUGUGAAAUAAAUAUAAAUCUGUCGAUAAAGAAACGUAGAACAAUCGGUGGCCUUUUACACUGUUGUAGCAAUGAGUUGAUUUGCUGCACAAAUAUUUUAAAAUAUGUGUCAGAAGAUCGAUCUGGCUUUCGCUCGAAAUGACCCUCACUUGGAAAAAAAAAGUUUUGCAGGUUUAUUCUUGCUAUCCAUUUGCACUUCUUUCGAAUUGUACUUUUAAGUAACCUAAAAUAAAUAUGCAAAGACUCAAACCCAUUUUGUAUAAAAAUAUAAUAUUUCACAAAAUUGGUAGAUGUAUCUCGGCCAAUAUCACAAUAAUUCUGGGUAGAUUGCUUAGAUGUGUAUUCCUAUUUGUGUGUGCUCGUCACGUUAAGCUCCUGUAACUUAAUAAGCGACACACCAUUUCUAAUUUUUGAUAAAACCAACGUGUGCUUAUAUCAAAUUGGCCUCAUAUCAAGUCAACUCAUUUUUACAAAUUCUUUUAAGAUGCAUACACCAGGCUUUUUUAAUUGGUUCAGUGGUAAGAAAAAAAGAUAUCCUGUGACUGUUGCUGUAUCAGUAGUAAUACAGGUAAUAUAUUAGAGGUGUGUGCCUGCUCAGUCUGAAAAUAUUCAACAUCAUUGAACAGAAACAAAAGGAAAAGCAAACCAAGGUGUAAUAAGGUUUAAAUUAAGUGCAGAAGGUUUUGAUUUAAGUCAGGCUUUAAAGGAUUGUGCUGAGAUUGGUGUGUGUGUGUGUGUGUGGGUGUGUGUGUCAGGAAAAACUGGCGUUUGUAAUGUCAUUUGAAAGAGUGACUUGAGAUAGGAAGGAAGAAGGAUUAGAAAUGUAAAAAAAAAAAAGCUUAUGAACCAAGAUGUACAGAUUAAGAGUAAAGUCAUGUGUGUGAGAGAAAGAGCAAGUCUUUUAGUUUAGGUUUUUAGAAAUGUUUAGACAGUUUCUAUAAGCAAGAUUAUGAAGAUUCAAGGGUUUGUUAAUGAGAGGCUGAAGAUCCACUUUUAAGAAUUUGGUAGUUUUUCAAAAACAGAACUAACGACUUAUUUUCCUCCUUUAGUUUCGGUGGUAAGGGAUGAAUCCUUUGAAAAGAUCCUGCUAAUUGAUGUAUGAAACAUUUAAUGUUGGCCUUACACCAAAGGACUUUUCAAGUGAUUUCUGCAUCGCAGACAAAUUUACAAUGUUGGAAUAAAAUCUUGAGAGUUUUGUCACACCCAUCAUCUCAACAGUCUCGUGUGAGGUGGUCAGGAUGGCUGUCUUAAACCAGUUUUUCUCUCAUCUUGACAUUCUGAUAAAAUCAACAGUGUUUAAUAUUAUUUUUCGUCUUGGCUCAUGAAAACAUUGACACUGCAAAAUCAUAGUUAACGACUUGAAAAGUCCUUUGGUGUAAGGUCUCUGUAACUCUGUGAAUAAUGACACGUUGUUAGACUUUAGUCUUUUAAAAUUAUUUUCAAAAUCUGAAAAUCUUUUUUGGAAAAGUUUUCUAGCGUAUGGUUAGCAGAACAUUUUUUUGUUUUUUUUUUUCCGUCAGAUUAUUAAGCUCUGUUGAAGAAACCAACACUGGUCUGAAAAAAAAAAAAAAAACUUUAACCACUUUAAUGUAAUAAUGAUAAGCUAGCGUGUCCUAUUAGCUGCCAAAUCCUGAUGGUUGGAGCACUGUAAUAGUCCAAAAUAUUUCAGGUUUCAUUUUUUCCAAGUUACCUGUUGCUCUGUUUUGUUCAUAACUGUUUUGGUGGCAUGGUAGUGCACUGGUUAGCACUGUUGCCUCAUAGUGAGAAGGUUAUGGGUUUGAACCUCAUGGCUGAUGGUGGAGUUUGCAUGUUCUCUCUGUGUCUGCAUGGGUUUCCUCCUACUUCAAAGACAUGCAGAUUAGGUUAAAACACCCAGUCACUGGGGUUGCACAAGGCAGUGCAAGGGAUGGGUAGAAGUGGUGCCCCCUGUCUAUAGCAAGGCAAGUUGCCUGAGGAGACUUAUAAUAAUUAUGUUGUCAAUGCCCUGUAGGCCUGUAGCCAGCCUCUUAUGAGGUAGUCUGCAUCUAUUGUGAGCACAAUCCAUUUACUGCUGGCUUGCAAGGCCUGUCGCAGCUUCCCCAAACCAACAACCAUUCACACACAUGUAUACCUAUGGGCUAUUUAGAGUAGCCAGUUAACUGGAGCACCCAGAGGAAACCCGCGCAGACUCCACACAGAAAAGGCCCCGGUCAACUACUGGGCUGGAACCCAGAACUUUCUUGCUAGUAUGAGCUGAUAGUGCUAACCACUAGAUCACCGUGCCAUUCCGCAAUAAUAAUAAUAAUAAUUGUUUAUUAGAUUAUUAAGGUAAAGUGUAACACAACAUCCUAAAUUACUCCCUGUGUAGACUAAACGCUGUUACAUCACAUUACUGCUGAAUUCUGGAUUGUGAUUGGUCAGAAGGUGUUGAUUAAUUAAGGGAUAAUGUACAGUGAGCUGGUCAUUGUUGUGAAAUAAACCCAAACAGUGUGAUACAGGACACCCAUGACUACUUAGGAAAGAAAUUAAUCAUUUGACACAAAAUAUUAAUUUAUAAAUGAUUUUAAAAUGAUUUUACUGCUUGUGCUAAUGACGUGGUCCAUAGCGACGGUGUGUUAUACAGAAAUAACAGGCCGUAGAAAUCCGUAAGUGACCAAUCAAAACUGAGUAUUCAACAAAACCGUGUAACAAUUUUCUAUAACAGCAGCUCCUACAGUAGCGCAGCUACAAAUUACAAGUUUAUAUUACAUACAUACGUAAAGUUUUCUGUAAGGAGAGUUGCUCUGUAACUUUUUUUUUUUAUAAAAAUGAGAGGCUGGUGAGGGCAUAAUUGUUUGUAGCUGCUAUGGUUUCAUGGACAUUAAGUGUAACUAUAAAUAAAUAAAUACAAGUAUGAAGUGCUGAAGCCUUAAUUAAGACCCUGUAUGUCUAGUAGCUCCAGUAGCCGUUUGGGAGUCUGUGUUGUUUACGCUUUAGCUGGAUAAAAUGAAAUGGUAGAAGUUUGCUAAAUCUGUUAACAAAGCUAAUAAUUACAGCGCGAGAGAUGAUUUAAUGUCGGUUUAUACAAAAAAUGCAAAAACGCAGAGAAAAAUAUUAAUUCUAACAUGCUAGACUGUGUUAUUGCACUGAUACAGAUGACUAUAUGAAGUUUUGUCUUUUGCUGUAGUAAAACUUUAUACUUAAAAAAUAAUAAUAAUAAUCUGAGUUUGUAAACUGAGCUUCCUCAAAAGGCUGUGACACUCAAAAGAGUUGUAACAGUGCAUGUAACACACAUCGGGCACAUUUCUGUAGACGAUAACACCAGCACUCACACAGACGGUGAGAAAAACAUUGUUAAUGCUGAUUGUGUGUGUGUGUGUGUGUGUGUGUGUGUGUGUGUGUGUGUGUGUGUUGGUACGAGCAAUGCCUCACUCUGACCGAAAGCUUUGAACAACCAGUAAGCAUCACUUUUGUAAGUUUUGUACAGAUUUGUGUAUAUAUAUGAGACUUUUGAUUUUUUUUUUAAAUGUUACAUUUUGUACAAAAAAAAAAGUUUUCAGAGUUUACAUGAAUUCCAUGCUUUUGUAUAUUUUUUGGAGCUGUUUUGAGUCUUGUAUUUAUUUUUAGUAAACUUUGUGGAAAUUAUGCCCUUAAGCUGUGCAGCAGCAUGAUGAGCUGCUGCUGCUGCUGUGUGUGUGUGUGUAUGUGUGUGUGUACAGAGAACGCCAAUAAAUGUGACUGCUUUAAACAA